AUGAGUCUCCCCACUGUUACCCGUCAAUAUCAGCUCUCUCAGGUUGGAUCGUAUAACAACCUUGUUUUAGCAGACGGACAGGUGUCCUCACUGAGAGCUAAUGAAGUCCUCCUGAAGGUCCAUGCUGUUUCCCUACAAUUCCGCGAUCUCCUCAUCUCUAGAGGGUUCUAUCCUCUUCCCGAGUCACUUGGAAAUCUCGUCCCGUGCUCUGACAUGGCCGGAGAGAUCAUCGGUGUCGGGGAAGAUGUCAAAAACUGGAAGGUGGGCGACAGAGUCUCUCCCAGCUUUUCGCCAGAGCAUAUCUACGGAGCCCCGACACCGACUACCCAACAAUCCACCUUGGGAGGUCACAUACCAGGUGUUCUGACCCAGUACAAAGUCGUCCCAGCCCACUCACUCGUGGCUAUUCCUGACCAUCUCUCGUAUGAGGAGGCCUCUACUCUUCCUUGUGCGGCCACAACCGCGUACAAUGCGUUAAACGGGCCUGUUCCUAUCAAGGCGGGAGACUACGUCCUCGUCCUUGGGACCGGUGGGGUAUCAAUCUUUGCGUUGCAGUUUGCGGUAGCCGCAGGAGCGACUGUCAUUGCGACAUCUUCCUCGGACGAGAAGUUAAAGACCGCUUUGAAACUCGGUGCCAAGCACGUCAUCAAUUAUAAGACGACGCCGCAGUGGGACGAGGAGGUCAAGAAGAUCACGAAAGGUGUCGGGGUCGAUCACGUCAUCGAGGUCGGCGGCCCAGGCACGGUAUCGAAAUCCGUCAACGCAGCUCGAGUGGGCAGUGGACACAUUCACCUAAUUGGUAUUGUUUCUUUGGACAAGAACGAUCUCGACGUUGUGAUCCCGACCAUCAUGAAGGGGGUCACAUUGCGAGGAAUCAACGUCGGCUCCGUGUCCCAGUUCGAGCUCAUGAAUCGCCUUAUUAAUGCCAAUCCUAAGGUCACCAGGCCUGUUGUUGACAAAGUGUUCUCCUUCGAGCAGGCAAUCGAGGCGUAUGCCCAUCUCGAUUCCCAGAAGCAUAUCGGAAAAAUUGUUAUCAAGGUUGCUUGA